AUGGGAUUCUGUCUGGCCCUACGUAUGGUGCUGCUGCUCCUGUCCGGGGUCCUGGCCCCUGCAGUACUCACAGCCGAGGGCCCGCAGGAGCCCGCGCCCACCCUGUGGAACGAGCCCGCCGAGCUGCCGUCGGGAGAAGACCCCGUGGAGAGCACCAGCCCCGCCCGGGAGCCCGAGGCCACCGGGCCCCCGGCCCCCACCGCCGCGCCGAGCCCCGAGGACAGCACGGCGGGGGAGCGUCUGGACCAGGGUGGCGGCUCGCUGGGGCCCGGCGCCAUCGCGGCCAUCGUCAUCGCCGCCCUGCUGGCCACCUGCGUGGUGCUGGCGCUCGUGGUCGUCGCGCUGAGAAAGUUUUCCGCCUCCUGA